AUGCUCGGCUUCAAAUCAAUAUGUGGAAAUUUAUUGCGACCUAGGCUUUUGAAUCCUUUGCGCGCUUUUCAUUCUGCAUCGGAUUCUGCCGUGUCCCCAGCUCUCUUAACCAGAGCAAGCCUACUGGUAGCCGAACAUACAAAGCUUUCAGAUCGACUGGGAGAGUCAUUUGAUGCUAAAACCGCAAAGCGAGUCGGGGAAUUGGCACCGGUUGCCAAUGUCUUGAAAGAAUGGAAUAAUGCCAAUGAUUCUAUUGCCGAACUCAAAUCUUUAUUAGAAGACCCUAAUACCGAUGCCGAACUACGGUCUCUGGCAACAGAAGACCUUGAGAGCAGUCAUGACGCCUUACCAUCAAUUUCGGACCGAUUGAAGAAGUCCCUCAUUCCCCGACACCCCUUUGCGGAUCUUCCUUGCUUGGUUGAAAUUCGACCCGGCGCGGGCGGAGAUGAAGCCGGCUUGUUUGCCUUCGAACUGCUACGAAUGUACAUGGCCUUUUGCUUCCGCAGGGGCCUCCGCCCAACCAUUUUGAAGCAGGACACUGAGGUUGGGCCGUCAGAAGACCGUCUCAGUGAAGCGGUGAUAGAAAUUGAAGCCGAUGGGGCGUACGAUCUUCUACGAACGGAGUCUGGGGUGCAUCGGGUACAGCGGGUGCCUGCAACUGAGACCAAGGGCCGCACCCAUACCAGCGCUGUCAGCGUAAUGGUCUUGCCGAGUUUCCCGGAGACCGGUAGCGAGAUGGAUAAUGCUUUGAAUUUCGAAGACCCAACCAGCGAUUAUUACAUCGAUCCCCAAGAGGUGCGAAUUGAAAAGAUGAGAGCUGGGGGUGCUGGUGGGCAACACGUAAACAAAACAGAGUCUGCCAUUCGACUGACCCAUAUCCCAACAAACACGGUGGUUUCCAUGCAAGAUGAGCGGUCUCAGCAAGCCAACCGCAGAAAGGCUUGGCAAGUGCUGCGAGCAAAGCUGGCUGAAGCCCGCCAAGAAGCCCGAGAACAGGAGCUCGUGCAGCUCAGACGAGGCAUCCUCGGUGGUGUGGCGAAGAUGGGUCGAGGCGAUAAGAUUCGGACCUACAAUUUCGGUCAAAGUCGUUGCACCGACCAUCGCACUGGUAUCACCAUUCACAACUUGGACGGCGUUCUGGACGGAGGUGACGGUUUGGAUACUGUCAUGGAGAGCGUGCGGACCUGGAUGAAUAAUAACGAUGUUGAGGGCAUGAUCGCUGAGGACAUGGCAAAACAAAAAGAUGUAAAAUAA